AUGGUGCAUUUUGAAAUCAUAUCUUCACGGACUGUUGAAGGUUUUGAAAAAGAUAAGAAAUAUGUAGCGUAUAUGCUGCAAGCCAGGCAAGACUCGACAGAAUCACGGGUUUUUGAUCCAGAUCCAGCAAAUGUUGAAAGAAGAUAUACCCACUUCCUUGAUCUUUACAAUGGUUUAAAGAAAGAUUAUUCUACUUUAUUAAACAACAUACCUUUCCCCAGGAAGAUUGUGGUAGGUAAUUUUGAUCCUACAUUAAUAACAACAAGAUGUACUGCAUUUGAGUCAUUACUGGCGUUGAUAGCCAAUGAUUCACGCUUACGGGAUUCCCCAGCUGCCAUCACAUUCUUCCAGGACCUAGAGUUGAAUGAAUCUAGAAAACUUAUCAAUGAAGGCAAAUUUGAUCAAGCCUUAUCAUUGUUGGAAACAAGCUUUAAGUUAUUAAAUAAGGUAUACACGGACAGAUCUCGGGUAGUUUUAGGUGCCUUAUGUCGCAUCGUUGCGUGCGCAGGCGCUAGUGGCGGCACACUGGCGGGGCCUGUGGAACGUUGGGCGCAACUUGCUCUCAAGAGAUACGAAGCUGUCAGUGACUAUGAUCUACUCCUCAUAUACGUUCCACUGCUACAUACAUGUAUUUCUAUAUGGGAAGCAUUGGGCAAAGACAAGUCAAAAUUGGUUGACGAACUUAACGAUCUGCGUAAACGUGGCAUGAAGGUAGACUCGGUGCCUAGUCUCAUGGACGCCGUAGAUAACCUAAGUACCAGCGUUUAA